AUGGCGUUCAAGAAGCGGCACAUCUUUGAUCUACGCGUUGUGCAAUCGCAACAGCAUAUGUCUAAGUCUUUGGAAGGCCACAGGAACAGCAAUAGCACCGCUACCUUCUCAGUGCUCAGUCAUGGCCACAGUCGCCGACGUUUCAAAUAUUAUCAGCUGCGACUUAUUUGGAAUUGGUUCACGGAAAGUCUGCGAAAUUAUUGUCAGACCACAUCGUUGCAUGGCUUUAGCUACAUUACUCGCCAGGAUAUUAGCAGGAAUGAACGUUUCUUUUGGUUGUUUGUUGUCUUGUCUGCCAUUAUUGCCUCCAUAUCUCUGGUAUUAGUUUCACUGUAUGCGAAUCGUGAGACGCCAACGGUGACUGUCAUCGAGAGUUCGCAUUUUCCCACCUGGAAUAUUCCCUUUCCGGCUGUAACGAUUUGCAAUUUCAACAAGAUUUCGAAGACCAAAGCUUUAAACUUGAUGCGAAAUAUGCAACUGCCACCCAACGUCACUAAUGAGCAUUUGCAGCAACUUUUUAACCUAACGCUACUCCCAGUGGGCAACACCAUUAGCAACGAUUCCCUACAGAUCUACGAUAAUAUUUUAAACAUGAAUAAUAUUACUCUCACGGAGCUGAGCAAACAACUCUCACCCGACUGCCUGGAGAUGAUCUCUCGUUGCAUCUGGAAGGGCAUCAACACACGAUGCGAGAGUCUCUUUCAACGCAUUAUGACACUGGAGGGCACUUGUUGCAGCUUCAACUACUUUGCUGCAUUGACCAAUAAUUUUCCAACAAAGAUUGCUUACCAGGUGCCCAAGCGUCCGUAUCGGGUGACGGGGUGUGGCUAUCCGACUGGACUUUCCGUGCUCCUUGAUCCCAUGGUCGCCGAUUAUUAUGGCACAUUCUUUAGCGGCUUUGGUUUUCGCCUGCUCAUCCACAAUUCGCAUAAUUUUCCCGAUGAGAACGCAGAGUCCAAAGUGGUAACCUCCACGCGAGAAAGUUUCGUGCGCAUCAAUCCAGAAUCGACAUAUGCCACUAGGGAUAUACAGCGCAUGGACUUGAAGUGGAGGAACUGCCUCUUUGGCAACGAGCGUAAGCUAGAUGGACUCAGACGAUACUCGUUCAUCAACUGCAUGUUCGAGUGCAGAAUGAGAAUGACUCUGGAGAUCUGCGGCUGCCUUCCCGCCUAUGUGGCCAACAAUGGCACUUUCAAGGUGUGCGGAGUUCUUCAUUUAAACUGCAUUAUUGAGAGCAAACGUCUCUAUUCUCGUGCCUUGGCGAACCUGGGCGCGUCGCUCUCCAGAGUUCGUCGUACAACCAGUUUUCCCUGUGAUUGUCUCCCUGAUUGUGAGUCCAAUUUGUAUGUGUCCGAGAGUACCAUGGGCCGAUUAGAGGUUAAUUACUCCAGCAGAAGAAGUAGCAGCUCCAGUCAAACAGAUAGCAUUUUGGUUCAUGUAUUCUUCAGCGACCUGAUGUCCACUCGAUACCGCAUGGAAAUAUUUCAGAACUGGCUAUCGGCACUAGCUUCAUUUGGGGGCCUGUUGGGUCUUAUUCUUGGCUUCAGCAUUGUCACUGCCUUCGAAUUUGUUUACUUCCUUACAUUUCGUCCUAUUUUCAAUUACAUCAACCGUGAUAGAGACUAAAUUUCAAAUAAUCUCAAUCAAUACAGUUCACUGUAGAUUACGUGAAUGCCUUACUAUAAUCAAUAAUGGGAAAUUUCGCAAUGCACAAAAUGGUUUUGCCCAAGAAUCAAGACACGUACUCGAAGUUAAUCUGCUGUAAAUUUCUUUUAAUAAAUUUAUUAUACUCCAGCAAAUUGUAUUUAUAACGA